AUGCAGGACUCUGUGCCGCGCCUCAAGGAGCGGCUGGCGCGCAUUCGGGCACAGGCCGCUGCGCUCGAGGCCGAGAGGGAGGUGCUGCGACUGCGCCUGGUGGCCCUGAGUGUGGUGGCCAGGGCGAUGGAUGAGGUCGUCGCCCACCUGAGGGUGAUGCGGCUGGCUGAGCUGGUGCGCCAUGCGCCGGCGCUCGCGCCGACGGCGGCGCCCGCGCCCGCUGCCGCGGCGCGGUCCACCUGCGCGGGACCCCAGAGUAGCUGUGGCCUGGCCUGCGCGACACUAGGCUGGUGCGGCGUCGACGGCGGCAACCAGGGCUUCGUCGCCCUUGGGCCGGGGUCCGCGUUGAGCGACGCGGCACAGGGGGGCGCUGCCACCUGCUCCAACGUGCGCGGCGUGAUCGGCGGCGGCGGCAGCCCGUUGAGCUGCGCAGAAGCGCCCCCGCCGAGCCGCGGUCCGGUCAGCAGCCUGGGCUCGGCGGAGAGCGCCCUCGACGCAGUCUGGGACCGCCUGCCCCACCUGGCGCCUGGCCGCAGCCUGCUCAACCUCGAAAGCGUAACCCUCGAGCAGGUCAAGGAGGUCCGGGCCAUGGAUGCGGCCCAGGCGCGCCUCAUGUUCCAAAGCUGCCUCGAGCCCGCCCUCCGGGACAUCAACAGGGCGGCAAGCCCCGACCAAGCCGCCCGCGCCCCCUGCACGCCGGGCCUCGGGGCCGUCGGGCGGCGGCUGGGGUCGUUCCUGGGGCUGCUGGCGAUCUGGAACGCCGACGCGUACGCGGGGUUGAUGGGCGGGCACCUGCUGACGGGGCGGCCGGCGGCCGGGAUGGAGGACGCGAGGCUGCCGCACUGGGAGCGCUGCGUGCGGGGCGCGGGGCUCACGAGGGUGCAGCUGCACGCCUCCACCUGCGGCCUGCCCGCGGUCUCUCCUGCCGCGUCACUCGCGUCGCCCGCUGCAUCUGUCGCUAGCGCCAGCGCCAGCGCAAGCGUGAGCGCCGGCGCGGCGCGUAGCAACGGGCCCGGCGAUCCGGACUACUGGCUUCAGGGACCGCACGCGUCGCAGCCACCGCACGAGGCGCCGCCGCGCAUGGCGCAGCCGCCAGCGGCGCUGGCGGCUGGGGCGCCGUGGCUUCGCCUGACGGAGAGCACGCCUGCGGCCGAGGCGCUGGCAGAGGCUCUUGCCGAGAGUUCACGGUGUGAAAGCACGGCGAUGAUGAUGAUGAUGCAGGCAUCCAGGGCCGUGAUGCACCCCGCCCAGCUGGCCAAGUGCAUGGCUUUUGCAUUCCCCUGGCCGCUCCACGACGCCGAGUGCUGGCGCGUCCUGGCGCACACUAUGAAGUUCACACCCGAGGUUUUCCCGGACAGGAUCAAGUUCUCGGCGCCCCAAGACAACUGCUUCCGCCCGCGCAAGGGCUGA